AUGCCCCCCAAGGCCGCCGACAAGAAGCCUGCCUCGAAGGCUCCGGCUACUGCCUCCAAGGCCCCCGAAAAGAAGGAUGCUGGCAAGAAGACUGCGCCUUCGGGAGACAAGAAGAAGCGGACCAAGGCCCGCAAGGAGACUUACUCUUCUUACAUCUACAAAGUGCUCAAGCAAGUCCACCCCGACACCGGCAUCUCGAACCGCGCCAUGUCUAUUCUCAACUCGUUCGUGAACGACAUUUUUGAGCGUGUUGCUACCGAGGCCUCGAAGCUCGCUGCAUACAACAAGAAGUCCACGAUUUCGUCGCGCGAGAUCCAGACAUCCGUCCGGCUCAUCCUCCCCGGUGAACUUGCCAAGCACGCCGUCUCUGAAGGCACCAAGGCUGUCACCAAGUACUCCUCCAGCCAGAAAUAAGCAGCUUGGUUUCUACCUUUUCUCGUUUUUUCUCUAGGGCACAGGGUUUGCUUGUCAUUUGGGAGUCAUGACGAGGCUGGCCAAGGCACACAUGCCCCUUGGAGUCUCUUAAUGCAAUGCGUUACGGAUGGUCUGCUUUUUAUGGGGACACUGUUUUCACGGGUUAUGGGGUUUGCAGGCGGCUGUACAAUACUUGCCUUGAUAUCAGGGACUGGGGCGAAAUGAAACCGUGCAUAUGACCGACUUGGCUCACGACGUU